ACUGAGAACCCAGAUGCAUUUUACCCCUCAAAAUGAAAAGGUAGAAAGAAAUCAGAGACUGAGGCAUUGUGAUCCAGUGUUAUUAGUUUCAGAUGAGAUGAAUAUUCACAAACCCACUUAUCAACAGGGCAUUCCUGAGCACAUCAGGUCCUGUGAAUGCCAGUAAAGAUGGUCUUACCAGGACAUGAACCUUACUUCUAAUUUCCAGCUCUCUCAUGGAACCUGUGCGACCCUACAUGAGCCUACAUCAUGCUUUGGUUUGCACCUGCAGCCCUCUGGUGAUGCUCCAUCAUGGAUGCUCCUCAGAUAAAAGAGUUAGUAAUAAUCAGACAUUCAACAUUGAUAAUCUCAAUCUUUCUGUUGUGCUGCAAAGCAACAGCUCGAGGGUAGUGGGUGUUGCUAAAGCAAAAGCAGAUUUCCUACCCAGAGAGCUCAGAAUUGGUCAUCCUUCUGCUCCCUCUAAUCAAAGCCCUCCAACCAGUGUUAACAGCAAAUCCUUCUGAGCCCCCUACUGGCAAGCAAAGCAGUGCGUAAAGACCAGUUAAACUGCGUUCAACAUAAAAUACUCAUUUAGUAAUAAUGAUAGAGUCUGACUAUCACAGUGAGCAAAGCUGCAGCCUGGUAAUGCCAUGGGGUUUGUUUCCGGACAGGAAUUGCUCAGCAAGAUUACCAGCCAUUGUAAAAUGUCUUGGCCACGAAGUUAGUGAUUAACUCUGGUCCCCAUCUCAUAAAAACAUCAUAUUGGAGGAGCGCAACAUGCUGAAAGCUGUCACUAACCAAUCAUGCCUACAACAGGGAUAAAGCAACACAUAAAAGGAGCCAGAAACUCAGCAGAACCUUCAGCUAAGUGGAGAAAAACUGCACCAAGGUGUAUCUCCAUGGAGAAAUUCACUGACAAGCUGAACAAGGACCUUGGAUCCACAGCUCCUGGAGCACCACAGGCUGAAAAACAGAGUCUUGCACUUGCUGUGGAAUGUGCUGCAGGAAUGAGCAGAGUAGGACUCCAAACAGAGGAUGUGAAGAGCCUGGGAUUCACUGAAGAAUGUGUUAAAGAACCGGAGAGACCUUCAGGCAUGGAGCAAGCCAGUCCUGAUGCCUCUGAACCAGCAGUUUUGGAAGGAGACUGUCCUAGCUCAGUAUCUCUUGUGCUAACAAACAGGAACUGUCCUGAAGAAGACAGUUUGAACCACCAGUGUUCAACCACAUCUAUUGACCUGGACUGCCUGGUUUGCUUCAACAAGUACAACAUGUACAGAGUGCCCAAGCUCCUGGACUGCCAGCAUGCCUUCUGUGCAGUGUGCCUCAAGCUCAUCCUCAGAAAAGAUGGGAAUGCCUGGAUGAUCACCUGCCCCCUUUGCCGAAAAGCCACUUGUGUGUCAGGAGGACUCAUCCGCACCCUUCAGAACAAAGAAGACAUCAUGGAGCACUUGGAAACCCCCAGUUCACACCCUGAGGUCCAUGUCUCUGCCAUAGGGCUAGCCAGCAAUAGCUGGACUCGGACCAGCCAAGACUUGCUCUACAGAGAUGAAAGCGUUCCACCAGACAACAGGUUGGCUCUUCAGAGACUUGUGCUGCUCCUGCUGCUGGGGGUGAUCCUCACCAUCCUCAUCCUCCCCUUUAUAUACUCUGGGCUGAUAAAAUGGGUGGUUUGUCUCAUGCUUGCCUUGGGGGUGGUCAUCUCUGUGGUGCUUUGCUGCACUCCUAAAUUCUACUGGAGGUCUAACAGGGACUUGCUCACCUCCCGCCACAAAGAGACCUACAUUACUGCUAUAGCCUGAACCAACAAUGGACUGGUCCUGCCUGCAAAGCUGUCUCAUCAGUUUGCUUUUGUCACUUUGUUCUUGUGUCAUCUCCUGAUUAGCACUGCAGAACAUUAUCUGAAUCUGAGAGAUUAUGUCCUGUGAAAACCCCAUGGCUGUGUUUUUCCCACUCUUAACAUAUGUACACCUUUUCUUGGGAGAGUGUGGGGAAGAAAGAAUGCUCAGGGACCCUCAGGGAGUGGGUGCCCAGCCUCAGGGGAUGAGAGAGGCUUUAACACACAUUAUCACUUGAACCCCCAUCACUGCCCAAGUGCUUGUGGCACAGGGACUGGGAAAAGGGGAUGUCAGUUGAUACCAUUUUAAGUUGCACACUGCAUUGGAGAGGAAGAGACACAACCAACACUCCUAGUUGUGAGUCUGCAGCUUGCCAAGGCCAAGGCUCUCAAAGCUCAGGACCAUCUAAAUUCCCCAUUUAUUCAGCACAGAAACAGUUCACUCAACUGAACUCCUUCAUCUGGCUACCUGCAUCACCUCUCUUCUUUACACCAAGUAGGACACUGCCCCUGGAGAGGCUCCCCCAGAUCAACUGCUAUGAGAUACUACACACAAUAUUUUUAUAUGGAAUAUCUCCAUUAAAAGUUUAAAAGUACUCAUUAACUGCACAUUGACUUCUGUGUUUUGAUUCCUCACCUGAAUUAAUGCCAAAACAUUUCAGCUUUCUCAUUGACAGGAACUACAGCUGAGAAGCUUAUUAAGGAGUCAGCACACCUGAGUUGGGGAGUAAAGCAAAGCAGUAAUGUGUUGGUGUUUUCCUUUAUUUAAAAGAAACACUUAGUUGUGAAGAAAAUACAAAACUUAGGAGACUGCCCCAGUUCUGUCACACUUUAAAGAGUACCACAGAUCUCAGCAGACCUUGGAUCCAGCCUAUGGUAAAUGUUUGUGUUUGAUAAGAAUGGAAACUGAUGUUCUGCAGUUACUCAGUAUACAAAUAUACUCAGUGUCUCACCUGUAGAUAAACCAGUUUAGACUGAGAGGGUAAGGAGCUGCUGUCCUCCUGAAGCCUUGGGAAAACCAGGUCUGUUUUCUGCCUAACAACACAAACCUUAAGGGAAAGAAAUGCCUUUCCCCCCCCCCAUCUAUUUGGACAGCCACUGCCUCAUUGCAGAGUACAUAUGUGGUAACAUUUCCUAAUGACCAACUAGAAAAAGGAGGUUUCAGUUGCUAAAAAGCAGGUAGUUUGAAAUCCAAAUACUGUAUUAUUCCAAACACAGACUCAGCUGUACUGAAAAUCAGUUCAGGAACUCUUGGCAAGUGUCUCAGCUCACAGAAAAGUUUCUUGUUGAGUUUCCUUCACCAACACUAGUGAGUGACUGGUACUCUGAAAGUUUGUAACAAAUGUGUCAAUAUUGGCCUAGAUGUAGCAUGCAUGAACCCAUCAAAGGAGUAAAGGAAAACUGCGUGCUAAUUGCUACAGAACACUGAUCUCAUAGAUAGCAAGAAACAGAUUGUCCUAAAGAUAAGAUGACAAAGAUGAUCUGGACUAGAGCCAUAAAGUGAUCCAAAUAAAAAAGAAAUAAGACAAAACUUGGGUAACUUUCCUUAAGAUACCAAGCAAGACACCAACCAUCACUGACUCCAGAAGGAUGUGUGUGUUGCACCCAGGAUCAGUUUGCCAUCAUCAGUCAAGAAACAGAAUGAAGAUUUGAGAGGCAAU